CAUCACAUCACGCCCCUGCAAGUGCUUUGGGAAAAGCAGAGGCUCUGGCUGUGCCUUAGUUUUUCCCCUGACUCGGCUCUACAUGUGUGCUGUCAUCAGGUUGCCGGCUCCUGAGGGGUCGGCUUGAUUCAGCACCGCAGAGACUGACUCACACAUCCGAGGGUUCUACCCUUGUUUUUUAGAGGAGAAGAAACGUUUCUCGGUCUGUUUAUACGCCACUUCAAAAUGAAUAGAAGUUCCUAUGUGGGAGGAAUGUGAUGAGUUGAGAAACGGUUUUAUCUGCUGGAGGAGAGUUAAUGUAUUCAGUUAUGUGCCGUGACCUUCCUGCAAACAAACAAGUUCAACCGCUUAUUAUUCAUUAUUGCAGAUGCAUUUCGAAAUUUUACCGGGCCACAUCAGCGGGAUAUGAUAUUCAUUAUGGUGGGCGUGUUUUUGCUUUCAGCUCUUUCUCAGUGUUUGACCCCUUUUGAAGGUUACCGACUGAAUGAGUUUACACUGCUUAUUCAUAUCUUUGCCGUUAACGUCUGCUUAGAGUAAAUUUGCACACAAAAAAGAGACAAGCCUAUAGAUGCCAGGACAGGAGGAACGGGAGGAGUGAAGGAAAAGAGGAAGCAGGGUUUUUGAGGAAAGAGGAGGAUGCAGAUGUACAAAAAUUUUCCAACAGCUGUUUUCCCUUUUAAUCUGCAGCCGUCAGAUCCUGCAAGUCUUUGAUGGGCAACUCAAUCUACACGAAUGACUGAACUAAAUCUUCCCUUAAUCUAGAGCCUUAUUAGGCAGCCUCUCUUCUGCAUGUAAAUCAGCACGCUGCCUUUUUUCCUAGGAGAUGGAUUAUUAUAGGGAGAGGAGAAAAGUGUGGCACUGUCAACAAACAAACAACCAAACAGAAAAAGGGCACGUAUGGAUCGCAGCAGGCCUCCUGAUGGAGUGGGAGCGGGCAGCGACUCGCCUGUAAUUGACGGGUCGUCCCGACUCGCACCCGUCCGUGUUAAUAAAUGACUGCAUCCCAGCAGGCCGACGUGUCAUUAGCAUAUCCUAAUCACAUUGAUUUCUUCAUUAAUAGAAUUUCCACUAAGUAGGCCCUAAUUAGUUUCAACUGGCCAGCCACUAAUUGCAGCAGCAAUAUUUUUCUCCCUCUUAAUCAGCGGCUCGUUGCACGCGGUUCGAUAUUAAGUAUGAAUUUUGCGAGACUCUGCACUUCUGUCUGCACAAAGUCUCAGUUCGUGUAGUUUUAUUAAACCACUUUAGUCGAGUUGUGUCAUGUCCUCUCAUGAUGCAUGUGCUUGUUUAUUUAGUUCAUUACUUUAUUACCUAAUUGCAUCAUCACUGCAAUAAGGUAAUAAAGUAACAUUGAUGAUGUCUAUGCAUGGGGUGGUUGCAAGGUAAAUCUGUCAGAAGCCAAUGUACACCAUAUCAAAAAGGGGCAAUUAUGAUGUCCAAAAAAAUUCAUGCCAUUGUUAUAAACACUAGAAUUAUACCAUUAGGAAAACAACAUUUAAUGACAUCAUUUUCAGAGUUCACAUUUUUUACUACAAAUAGCCAUUGUAAAAUUAUCUUUAUGAUGGUAACACAAUUCUCUUUUUCUUUUUUCAACCCCGAACAUUCAUAACUGACUGACCCUGAAACACAAAGAGGAAUGUACGGUCUGUAAUCUUUAUGAUUAUUGAAACAACCAUGGGACCAAAUAAGAAAAUGUUACUCUUUUCUACUGCAGUCAAAUCACGAAAGAACCAUAUUUUAUAUAAUUUAUUAAAUGCUCUGAAUUAGGCACAUGUCCAAAAACACUGAUGCCAACUAAAGAUGCAAAUACAAUCUGCAUCCAAAUGUUUAAUAGAUGAUUCGACUUUCAACAAGUUUUUUUUAAUCUUGUUUAAGUUGAUGUAUUAGGCCUAUAUGAUUGUCAUAUUUUGUUAAUAAUUUGCCAUUAACCAGCGAAUUGUUUAGAUGACGUCACUGCAGUUUGCAUUAGGUCUGUUAUUAUCAUUACAAUUAUCAUAUUGUCUUCAUUAGCCUGUUAUCAGUAGUAGUAAACCAACUGGUAGUAUUUGUCAUAUGUAAAAUAAUAAUUGUCAAUUUUGAAGAAAUCUAAAUCAUUAGAUUAUCUAUUAGUCUUCUUUUUUUGCCCAUAUUGUGUAUCACUUCCAAAUUUAAUCUGGGCACAGUGCUUCUGUGAUGCUGCUGUGGGAUUAGCGCCACGCAGGACCGUGCAGAGCUGAGUGGGUCCACAUCGUCCAGCUGUCGUUUUUCUUUUCUUUUUUUUUUUGGUAGGCCCUUUGAUUUGCGUGUGAUGACUUUCCCCUCGGCAUCUGGAGAUCAAUUAUCCAUCCGCGUGAGCCAGUGGCUGUGCGGGGAGAUCAUAGCUGGCGCUGGGUGUGUGAGAGGGGGAAUACACACUCAUUUAUUCAGGGAGAUUGAGGUAAUUUUCUAUAAACCUGCUCCAUUUCAAAAGGUGGGAAAUAGGCGGUUUAAUUAGGCCAGGCGUACCGACGAAGAGCCACAUGAGCAAUGAUGCAUGUGCAUUGAGACUAUAAAACCCUGUAUUGUUUGGAAAUCUAAUCCCGCAGUUUGAAUUUUUUUCUGUUAUUUAAUGUCUAUAGAAUAUUUGGGUCCGUCUUUAAGAUGCACUUUUGAUUCUCAGCAGUUCGCCUCUCCUCCUGCAGCCGUGGAGACAAUCAUGUCGUUCCUCCCCUUCCUCUCUCUGUUGCCAUAAUCCCUUCCUCGUUUUAUCCAUACAGUCCUCGGAAAGAAAUGCAGAUAUGUAUCCGGGAGGGCGUAAUGCAUCCAUGAUCCACAGGAAUCCUGCAUCCUGGCAGCUGAUUGGCUGCUGGGCCCUGCCUCUUGCUGGGACGGACCUGUUGGAUAAAAGGACCAUUUUCUAAAGGACUCUCGUGUGUGUGUGAGUGUGUGUGUGGGUGAGUGUGUGUGUGUGCUGCCGAGAGGACCAUGAACUGGGGACCCGCCUGUGAGACGCUGUAAUAGGAAAUAGACCUUUUUAAAUAAAUAAACAAACAAAAGAAGUAGCAUCGAAUCAUGACGGGGAAACAAGGCGCCGUGCUGUCGGGAAGUUUAAACCUAUCGGAGAAAACCUCGCUGGCUGCGAGUGGCGGGAGCAGCAGCCUUUUGCAGCCGAAGAGCGGCGCCACCCACCCGCCGCCCAGGUGCACCGGCUUCGGCAUCCAGGAGAUCCUGGGGCUCAACAAGGAGCCGGCCGCGGCCCCGAGGAGCAGCCCGGGCUCGCUGCCGGCCGGGGCGCACCUGGUCGCCGCCAGGUCCAUGCUCGGCCCCGCCGGCGUGGGCCUGGGCAUGGGAUUCAUCGGCCCGGGCGGAAUCCCGUCGUUCUACGGUCCGCCCGCCUUCCUGGACACGGUGCUGGCGGACGCACGCGACGCUCACCUGCAGCCGCACAGCAGGUCGGCGGGCCCGCGGGACACCGGCCAGUCCGCCAGCUCCGACUCCGAGGAUUUCUCUUCAAAUGAACGAAAACUCUCAAAGUCGUCUGUAAAUCAGAGCAAGAAACGCAAGAAAAGACGUCACCGGACCAUAUUCACCUCGUACCAGCUGGAGGAGCUGGAAAAGGCCUUUAAUGAGGCACAUUACCCGGAUGUUUAUGCCCGAGAGAUGCUGGCUAUGAAAACAGAGCUGCCUGAAGACCGGAUACAGGUGUGGUUUCAGAACCGCAGAGCCAAGUGGAGGAAGAGGGAGAAGUGCUGGGGCCGCAGCACCGUGAUGGCCGAGUACGGGCUGUACGGAGCCAUGGUGAGGCACUCCAUCCCCCUGCCGGAGUCCAUCCUCAAGUCCGCCAAGGACGGCAUCAUGGAGUCCUGCGCCCCCUGGCUGCUCGUCCAAGAUGGCUUACCAAUCAACAGACGCAAUUCUAAAUCUGAAUACCCGCAACUCUUUGCAGGGAUGCACAAAAAGUCCAUGGAGGCCGCCGUUCCCCCGCCAACAGGAAAGUGCGACGCGCCGCCGCCACCGCAGCAGCAGCAGCAGCAGCAGCAGCCCGGCUCUCAGAGGGCGGAAGACGCUGAGGCGGAUGAGAAGAGGUCAGAGGGCAAGUCCACCAUUUCUAAAGAGGAACUGAGAGAGAACAGCAUCGCUGCGCUCAGGGCCAAAGCGCAGGAGCACAGUGCAAAAGUGCUGGGGACGGUUUCUCACGACAGACCGCUGGAGGGCAAACAGGAGAGACAGGCGGCCGAGGAGAAAGCCAGUGAUCCCCUGAGUCCAGCAGAGGAGGAGAAAAGUCCGUAGAGACCGAGGACAGUUAUUCUCCAAAGUGAAUGCAGUGGCCCGGCUGCUGUCAGCAUCUGUACGGACGCCCACCGAUGUUACACACUGUCCUGCAGAUUGUCAGCCUUCCUCCACUUCUCUCCACGGGCCUGCAUCUGGACUUCCUGGAGAAGAAAACCCAUCAGCUGCACAGAAGAUGCAAAUGCACUUUUUUUCUGAUUUACUCCCAAACUUUGCUGUUUACUCCCAGUUGUUGUUUCUUAUGCAUAGUAAAGAAGAUUGGACUCGGUGGGAGCAAAGUCUUAUUGUUAGUGUGUAUACAUAUAUAUAUAUACAUAUAUAUAUAUAUAUAUAUAUAUAUAUAUACAGUCAGAUGAGUCAGAUUUUACCCAGCAUAACAUUUAUAAUAUUUCAAUAGGACUACCAAUGACCAAUGAGCAGUCAGAUAUCCUCGUUGACAUUCAUUAUAAUGUUGCUUGUACCGUUCUUUAAUGGUGACAUUUGUAAUAAGAAUCAUCCCACCGACAGAACUCUUUUAAGAGAAAGAAAGUAAAUGUUGUCAUAUAUCGCACUGUACAUAAUUGAACUAUUAAUCUCUCUCACUAAGGCACAAUUUAAAAUUUUCUUUUCUUUUCUUGUAGUGUUCAAAAAUGUUUUAUGUAUUCAUUUAAAAUUGUGUAUAACUCAAAAAUUACAAAGCAUAAAGAUAGAAAUAGCCUUUUAUUAAAUGUG